AUCUACACUGAUCAUCAGAACACUGAUGAUCAGUGUAGCUCCAGCAGUGCCACCUGUCAGUGUCCAUCAGUGAUAGCUGUCAGUGCUCACCAGUGCCACGUGCCAGUGCCCAUCAGUGCCACAUAUCAGUGCCCAUCUGAGCUGCCUUUCAGUGUCACCCAUCAUUGCCAGUCAGUCCCACCUAUCAGUGCCAGUCAGUGCCACCUAUCAGUGCCAGUCAGUGCCACCUAUCAGUGCCAUAUAUCAGUGCUGCCUUUCAGUGCCCAUCAGGGAUGCCUGUCAAUGCCUAUAUCAGUGCCACCUAUCAGUGUCCAUCAGUGCAGCCUAUCGGUGCCCAUCACUGCAGCCUCAUUAGCACACAUCAGUGAAGGAGAAAAAUCACUUAUUUACAAAAUUUUAUAA